UAAACUAUCAUGACAGACCUUAUAGUUUUACGCACACGCGUUAAACCACUAUACCCUCAAUCUCCCUGUUAGAAGAUAUAACUGUGGUUUUUUUUAUUAUCGUUGCAACGGUACUGGACAACGAGAUAUAAACUAAAUUUUUAAAUCGCACGGGCGUUAUCUACUAUUCCUUUAUUGAUGCCAAAUACGAUCACAACGAUGAAAAUUCCUUUGUGAUGACCAUUCAUUCUGAUAUGUAAGCUUAGACAAACUCUACCAACAUGCUGGAAGAUCUGAUAGAGAGCGUUGGCUCCAGUGGAACGUUCCAAUGGAUGGUGGUGUGUCUAAUUAUGUCGUCGAAGAUGGUUUUUGCAAUGAGUAUGUUGAUCAUGUCAUACGGUGGAGUGGUUCCCGAUUGGUGGUGUAUUUCUAAGGAUGAAGAGACCAUGUCAGUUAAGUCCAUGAAUAGUUCAAGUAUUGAUUACCAGACCUGUAAUGCAACGAGUGUCUGUUCUCGAAGAUAUGAAUCUUAUACUAUAACUGUUGUCAGCAAGUUUGAUCUAGUUUGUGAUAAUGCAUGGAUUAAACCAACAGUUACUUCAGUACAGAUGGGCGGGGUUCUUGUUGGUGCUUUUAUUGGAGGGCAAUCGGGAGAUAUGUUUGGAAGAAAGAAAACCAUUUAUGCCGCCAUAUUACUACACGCCAUCUUUAACAUAAUCGCGGCAUUUUCCGUCAACUGGCAAAUGUUUGCAGCUUUCCGAUUCCUAAUUGGUGGAAGUCUUGGUACCUACCUUGUUUUGGUUGUUUACCCAUUGGAGUUCAUUGGCCUCAAGCGCCGCGCCUUGGCAUCUUCUCUACCAUUCUGGACAAUUGGUGUUUUAUUUUUAGCCUUAGCUACGUAUCUGAUCCACGAUUGGAAAACAUUGCACAUCCUUAUUGGUGCGUUGACAUUUCCCUUUGUUCUGGGGUGGUUCGUAGUUCCCGAAAGUCUGCGAUGGUUGGCGACCAAAGGCAAAAUAGAAGAGGCAAAAAUGGUUGUUAACAAAAUUGCUCGAUUUAAUGGAACAAAAGUUCCCGAUAAUGCUGAGGCUAUUCUAAGAAAAGUAGCCGAGGUGGAACUACAGAACAACGAGGGCGAAAAGAAGUAUACAUAUAUAGACAUCUACAGAGGAUUUCCAAUGUUUAAAAAGAGUAUUUGUUUAAAUUAUAUCUGGUUUUCAUGCUCUACAAUUUAUUAUGGCUUUUCUUUUGGGGUCAGCAACUUUUCUGGCAAUUUUUACUUGAAUUUUUUCCUGAUGAACGUCAUUGAACUAUCAGCAUUUUUUCCAGUCAUCUACCUUCUAGGAAAGAUAGGAAGAAGGUACACCUGUGUUUUUGCUUUGUUUCUAGCUGCAACGUCUUGUAUUGCUGCACUGAUUGCACAAGAAGUUAACGAUGAAUCCAAGAGUUCGUUUAUUACCGGAGUCUCCCUAUUAGCCAAGAUAUUGACUGGUGCGGCUUGGGUGGCCUUGAUUCUACUAACUAAUGAGUCUUAUCCGACAGUCAUCAGAUAUUUAGGUUAUGGCGCAAGUAACACGAUGGCUCGCAUAGGUGGAAUCCUAGCUCCUUUUAUCUUCAGUUUGGGAAGUCACAGAAUGGUACCUUACGUUAUGAUGGCUGCACUUAUGGUAUCGAGUGGUAUAUGUGCACUACUGCUACAAGAAACUAAAGAUUUGGCUAUGGCUGAUCUUAUCGAAAACGACAUGGAAAAAGACAUAAAAGAGAGAGAAAAAUCUAGCGUAUAUAAAAUUUCCCGCGGUUUGGAUUCUAACGGGAUAGCACCUCCGUGUAACGAAAAAUCUCCUAUAAGCGAAGGCUUAAUAGUACCCACCGUUCUCAAAGACAUCGAAUAUAACACUCAAAUGUAAAAACAUUGAACCAUAUUUUGUGGCUAUGUUUAUUCUAGACACAAUUACUUCCAAUAGAAUGUCAAGCUGGUUGUAUUCAUAUGUAAAACACAUGCAGUUCGUGUUGAUAUAUCAGUGUCUAUCAAUAAUAGCUAAUAUUAAAAGUACAUACAACAU